GGAGAGGGCUGAGAUGGACUAAAAAGUGUCCGAAAUUCGGAAGAUCCAGGCCUGAAACGAUGUUGCGAUCGCGUUGUAUCUUCCAUAGGACGGAAUAAAAGUCCUCUCGCCACCAGCUGGGUAUCGUCCUUCACUCAACUCAAAAUGUCCGAAGAAGUCGCAUCUACAUACGACGGUGCUGUCCGUAUCGCCGUCAUUGGCGGCACAGGUCUCCAACAACUCCCCCACUUCACCCGCGUCGCAUCCAUCGAGACCACCACGCCAUGGGGAACUCCCUCCUCUCCGAUCACCAUUCUCCACCAUCCUUCUCCCUCCAACGGCGAGCCGAUUCCGAUCGCAUUUAUCUCGCGGCACGGCCUACACCAUGAACUGGCGCCCCACGAAGUCCCCGCGCGCGCGAACAUCGCCGCGCUACGGAAGCUCGGCGUGCGAACCAUCAUCGCCUUCAGCGCCGUCGGAAGCUUGCAGGAAGAGUUCAAGCCCCGCGACUUCCUCGUGCCGGACCAGGUGAUCGAUCGCACCAAGGGGAUCCGACCGUUUACGUUCUUCGAAGGGGGCAUGGUGGGACAUGUUGGCUUUGCGGACCCGUUCGACGAGAGCUUAGCGAAGGUGGUCAGGAAAUGCGGACAUACCUUGCAAGGAGACGGGGUAGUGCUUCAUGACCGCGGGACGUUGAUCUGCAUGGAGGGACCGCAAUUCUCGACUCGAGCGGAAAGCAACCUCUACCGAUCAUGGGGCGCUCAUGUCAUCAACAUGUCCGCGCUUCCCGAAGCGAAGCUCGCCAAAGAGGCUGAGAUCGGAUAUGUUAUGAUCUGCAUGGCGACAGACUACGAUUGCUGGCGAGGCCACGAGGACGUCAAUGUUGAGAUGGUCAUGGCCCACAUGAGGGCGAACUCCACGAACGCGAGGCACUUCGUCAGCGCGGUCCUCGACGAGCUCUCGAAAUCCGAGCACACAGAUCUGGUCGCAGCCAAGCAUCUGGAGGGUAUGAUGAAGGGAGCUGGUAGCAUCACGGCGAAGGAAGGGCGGAAAUUUGACGCUGCAGAGAAACUUGGCUGGCUAUUUCCAGGAUACUUUGACUGAGCCAGUGGGUAGUUUCGCCCUCCCAGCAAAGUGCGGUAAGUGGCAGCAUAGUCAACACGGCAUUGCAGUCUUUGAUUUGCAAAUUCAACAUCGGUAGGUUUUUGCCGCUUGGAAAUAGACUAGAGAAAUGAUGUGUCCAUGCUCCUUCGUUGCUCUUUCAGCCUUGUGUCAAUUUGGUCCAUUAUCUUUCACUUUCAUUGCGCACCCUGUCCAGUCGUCCACGAGAAUGAGUUACGCCGAU